AUUGUCGUUUUUAAUAAUUCUAUUGUCGAUACCACACGAAUGGGCGCGCAAAAUUCAAGGGACGGAGGAGUUUUACCUGUUAUUAAUGAGUCACUGAGCAGUGAAGCCCAUGAACAAUUUCGAUAUUUACUAGGUCGCAGGUUUCAUAAUGUAACUGACAUUAUUUACGAUCUGCCAAAUGACGAGAUCGAAGUUGAUCGGUUGCAUUUGGAGCAUUUCUUGACACGGGACAUAUGGGAAUCAAAUUUCUCAUCUCCAAUAGCUUCUCAAUUAGAAGCAGGGUGUAGUGUCCUGGAUGUUGGAUGUGGACCAGGCACGUGGACAAUAGAGAUGGCGAUUAAUUAUGAAAAAUCAGCUUUCAUUGGUAUAGAUAUUUCACCAAUAUUCCCAACGGAAAUCAAACCUAGAAAUGUCAUUUUUGAAGAAGGGAAUAUCCUCAAUGGAAUCUCUCAUCCUGAUGAAUCAUUUGAUUUUGCACAUAUGCGAUAUAUGUUCCCAUCUUUUACACAGCAUCAAUGGGAAGAAGUAGUCAUAAAUGAAGUUGUACGUGUUAUCAAAAUUGGAGGUUGGUUAGAAUUAUGUGAAUAUGAAUUAUGUCAAAACUGUGGUCCGGUAUUGGGAAGGUUACUGUCUGCCCGAAGAGAAAUGCUUAUCAAGGAGGGAAGAAAUCCGGAUGUUGCACAGAUUCUUGGAGAAUUAAUGAAAAAUACACAAUAUUUUGAUGAUAUUCACCAAAAAAAAAAAGAUGUUCCAAUUGGCUCAUGGGCUGGCAAGAUAGGAGAAGUGGGAAGAGACAAUAUAGUUACUCGGAUGGUCGGAAUAAAACCUGCCCUAUAUUCAUUUAUGAAUAUUACUUCUGAAGAAUAUGACGAAAUGAUACAAAAAAGUAUCGAGGAGUUUAACGAGUAUAAAACAUUUUUCGUUACCUUUAGAUGUACAACCUCUUUAUAA